AUGUGGAGGAGAGGGGAAAUACUGGGAAACGGAGGUUCUGCAAUGGUGUAUCUGGCUGCAGUUGUUUCACCCACAAGUAAUGAUCUACUACCUUCUCUCAUGGCUGUCAAAUCUGCCCCAUUCUACAAGUCUCGCUGCCUUGCCAAGGAAGAAAGGUUGCUCAGUGACUUUGCAGAUUGUCCUCACAUUAUCCGCUGUUUCGGGGAACACCUUACGAUCGAAGAAGAUGGAGAGCAAUGGUACAACAUCUUGUUAGAGUACGCGGCUGGUGGCAGUUUGGCUGAUCGUAUUCAGAGUUUUGGCAGAGGAUUGCCUGAGAGCGAAGUCAGGCGUUUCACAAAAUCUCUACUUAUGGGUCUCAGUUACAUUCACAAGAAGGGUUACGUUCACUGUGAUAUCAAGCCUCAUAAUAUACUGCUUGUGGAGGAAAAUGAUGACUUUUCAAUGAGUUUGAACGGAAAGAGGAAAAGGUUUCAAGAAAGUACUGCAAAGAUUGCUGAUUUUGGGCUUGCAAAGAGAGCUGGAAAGAAACUGAAAGCAAAAGAAAACAAGCCGAGACUGAGGGGCACUGCUCUGUAUAUGGCCCCGGAGUCGAUUCUGCGUGAAGAAUAUGAACCGCAUGCAGAUAUUUGGGCAGUCGGGUGCACAGUAUUACAAAUGCUGACUGGAAAAGAGCCUUGGAAGCGCAACAAAGGUACUGAAGUAGCCACUAUUCUUUUUAGGAUUGGAUUUUCUGAAAAAGUGCCCGAAAUUCCAAGUGGGUUGUCGAAGGAGGCUGAAGAUUUUCUCAAUAAGUGCUUGGUUAGGGAUCCGAAGUCACGGUGGACUGCUGAUAUGCUCUUAGGGCAUCCUUUUGUUUCGGCUGCAAAUGAAAGUAUCGAAGAGGAGAAAAACAGAGUUGUUGUUCUUCCCAAAGCAGCGAAACCAAUUCCUGAUUCAUCAUUCCAGAGUUCAUUCAGUCUUCCUAAACCCUACUUGCUCAUGUCACGUUUAGCAUCAGAUGGGCUCGUAUCACAUAGUUGCGUGGCCACAAGGCACUCGGAUGGUAUUGAUUCUGAAGACUUUGACGAAUUUCAUGCUUGUAAAAGGCAAAAAAGAAUGGAGGAAGAUGCAGAACAAGUGCUGUCUGGAACAAGUUAUCGACUGGAUGCAUUGGGGCAGUAUUGGGGUAUCAAGAGGAUUUCAGAGAUAACAAACUCCAACAUUGCCAUUGAGAUUUUCAAUUAAGAUUUUAAUUAAUAGCAUGUUUGUUGUUGCUUCAAGUACUAUGUUGUGGGUAUGUCUCAAAUUCACCAGACAAUGCUUAUGUACAGAGAGGUUGUAGUGAGAGGGAGGGCUCAUUGUAUUUCUCUACAUUAUUCAUAGUGAAAUUCCUCUGCCCUUUUCA